CCGGCUGGGCGCGUGCGGGGUAAGGGACGGCUUGGGGGCGCGGCGGCCGCAGCGUGAGCGCACCGAGCGCCUGCUCGCCAUGUCCAGGAAGAAGACCUCCAAGAGCAAAGGGGCCAGCGUGGCGGCUGCCUCCGCAGUGCCCGCCACCAACGGGCCGCGGCCGGCGCGCCCUGGGGCCGCACGCCCGGGUCCCAAGGCGCCGCCCAAUGGGCCCCCGCAGCCCGGCCGGCCCUCGGUUGGCGGCGGUGGCGACUUCUACGACGUCGCCUUCAAGGUGAUGCUGGUGGGGGACUCGGGCGUGGGGAAGACCUGCCUGCUCGUGCGCUUCAAGGACGGAGCCUUCCUGGCCGGGUCCUUCAUCUCCACAGUCGGCAUUGACUUCCGGAACAAAGCCCUGGACGUGGACGGCACCAAGGUGAAGCUGCAGAUCUGGGACACUGCCGGCCAGGAGCGGUUCCGCAGCGUCACUCACGCCUACUACCGAGAUGCCCACGCGCUGCUUUUGCUCUAUGACAUCACGAACAAGGCCUCCUUCGACAACAUCCAGGCCUGGCUGGCCGAGAUCCAGGAGCACGCCCAGCACGACGUGGUGCUCAUGCUGCUGGCCAACAAGGUGGACUCUGCCCACGAGCGUGUGGUGAAGAGGGAGGACGGGGAGAAGCUGGCCAAGGAGUACGGGCUGCCCUUCAUGGAGACCAGCGCCAAGACCGGCCUCAACGUGGACUUGGCCUUCAGGGCCAUAGCCAAGGAGCUGAGGCAGCGCUCCAUGAAGAUGCCCGGCGAGCCGCGCUUCCGCCUGCACGACUACGUCCGGAGGGAGGGGCGCGGGGCCUCCUGCUGCAGGCCCUGACCCCGACUUGGCCCUCGAGCUCCCGGAAGGCCGCACGGGCUCACCACGCAGCGCCAUCGCUUCCGGGACCGGGCUUCCACGGGGCAGGGGCGCCGUCCCGCCGGGCAGGUGUGCGGCCCCCCGCCGCUCUCUGGAGCGCACACCUGUGCCCAGC